UAGAAAUCAAUAUGGCGUUAACAUAACAAAAUACCCUAAAAAUUCUCAGUUUGACAUAGUCGCGAUUUUUGAACUAGUAGAUUCCGCAACUUAAAACUUACAUUUUCAAAUUCUACACGUCGAAAACUACAAAAUUGCAAAUAAAAAAAUCUAUAAUUUUUAGACCACUAAAGCAAAAUUCAACUCAAAAUCAAAUUCCACUUGAAAAAUUAAUUUAGUUCUAUAUAUAAGCUAAGAAAAAAUUAAUUUCUUUGAAUUUACUAGUAAUAAUAUAAAACAAUAGUGUGUACUUAUUAAACACUGACGUUUGCAAUAUCUUUAUGAUUUUUACUACAAGUUUUCGAUCUUUCUUUUCUAUGAUCAAUGAAAUAAAAGUAUUUUGUUUGUAAAAUGUGCAUGGUACUAUCACAACAGUGUUUAAAAACGUAGAAUUAAAGUUAUAUAAAAAUGACACUUCUUCUGAAGCUUUCAGCAUGGAAAAAUCUAAUAAAAAGAUCAUUUUCACCAAGGAAUCAAAUAAUAACAAUAUCAAAAUUCGAUAUUCAUACGUCAGAAUAUUCUUUCCAUGGUGAAUAUGAAAUGCAAGACCCAAAAUCAGAAGCUGAUAUUGUUAAUGUUACUUUUAUUGAUAAAAUGGGAAAAAGAAUACCUAUAAAAGGGAAAGUGGGAGAUAAUGUACUGUAUUUAGCCCAUAGAUAUGGAAUUGAAAUGGAAGGUGCUUGCGAAGCAUCUCUUGCUUGUACCACUUGUCACAUAUAUGUACAUCAUGAUUAUAUAGAUAAACUCCCAACAGCUGAAGAAAAGGAGGAGGAUUUAUUAGAUUUAGCUCCAUUUUUAAAAGAAAAUUCUAGAUUAGGUUGUCAAAUUAUAUUAACGAAAGAAUUAGAUGGUAUAGAAUUAGAACUGCCUCAAGCAACAAGGAAUUUCUAUGUAGAUGGCCACACACCAGCUGCACAUUAAUAAAUGUUCUCCUUUGUAUUUAGCUUAAUAUGUACAUAUUUUAUUCAUUCAAUUAGUAUAGUUGUAAAUUUAUAUAUUAUAUAUAAAAUGUAAAUGUAUAAUAGUAUAAAUUGAAUAUUAUGUAGCACAUAAGUUAUUUCUUUCUUUUCUUUUGUUUUUUUUUUUUAUAUAUUAUAUAUUUUAGUGAUCAAUGAUUAAUGAAAACAUAUUUUCAGAAUGUACUGUAAUGUAUUUCAUAAACUUUUAGAACAACAAACUUGAUUUAUAUGACAUUUUGUCAUGAUACAAUAUAUUUAUUUCUUAUACAUUUGGAUUAUGAUACAUAUUUUUAAUUACAAUGAUACAAGAUUUAAACAUUUAUGAUAUAAUGAAUCUGUAAAUUAAAAUUGUAUUUGUUAAUCUUGCAGCAUUUACAUUAUCCAUGAAAAUACCCUAUAAGUGUUUUUGCAAACUGAUCGUUUCUGAGCACUGCCACUAAUUUGUUUACAUGUUUUCCAUUUCUGGCAGGCACCACCUUUAUGCAUUUUCCCAGUUUGACAACUUUCACACUAACUUUAUGUAUACAUAUUCGUAUCUAUAUGUGCAUACGUUCCCACGUUCAUUAGCUCGUUAUAUAUGCUUACGCAACUUGCGCUUCUUUUCAUGCAUCCAUACAUAUCAGUGUCGAUAAUUAUUAUCAUCAACAUUGUCAUAUAAUUAUCGUACAAACUAUAUUUAUUUAUAUUUUCUACUCAUUAUUGAUCACUAUAAUUAUAGACACGUUAUAAUAUCUCAGAUCAAUCGCAACCUACAGUCAUACUUCAUAAGUAAAAGAAUUUAAAUAGAAGUACAUUCAUACAAUGUCAUACAAAACUACACUGUGAAUAUGAUUAUAUAUGUAUCUCUCAUUUGGUAUGAGUCAUCACAACGGACUUAUUGAAAAAAUAAUUUUUUGUACUUAUUUGUAACUAAAAAUGGGUCAUGAUAUUUAAUUAAAUAUUGUACAGAAAGAGACUGUCUACACUACAUAAUGUGUCAAUGGAAUACUUUGAAUCAAUAAAAAUAAAAAAUUUGUUUGAUAUCAAAAUUAAACUA